AUGGCAGAGGAGAAAGAGGCAGAGAAGGAGAGCACUCCCCAGGUAGAAGAAGGGGCUGAAGAGCUCUUUGAUCCUCUAAACGGGGCGGAUGGGGAGGAUCUUUACUACCUGGCGGAAGCCAGCUUAAAAGGCAUGCAGGAAGCUCUCCAGAAGGCCGAUGUGAAACCAGAGGACCUCCAGCCCUUCCUUGAUAAGAUCCUGGAGCCAACCAAGCUGGACGACAAGGAGAUGAUGCUCCCCGUUGACAUGCGUGGUGUCGAGAACGAGUAUGAAGGCAUUGACGAGCUCAUUGCCGAGCUCAAGCCCAUCGAGGCCUCCAAGGCACUCCUGAAAGCGAGGGAGUGCUUCCAGGAGAACAAAGAUGGAUUGCCGGAGAGCGAGAGGCCACAGCCCAUGACGGCUGCAGCUUGGAAGCAAAUCCUUCAGGAGGAGACCGAGGAGGACUUAUUGGAAAACGACGAGGACGAGGACCUCCUAGAAGCUGAUGAAGAAGAGCUCGACGACGAUGAG